AUGGAAGACAACAACAUUGAGCCGACACUACGGCUGCUCGAGAAGGGAGAUGCUUCGAUAAGUGCACAUUUGCAACUCGUACGAACGACGAAUUGGCAACACUACUCGGUCGGGCCCAUGUCAUCCUGGCCUCGAGAGAUAGCCACCGUCCUCUACCUGGUCAUGACCGCAUCCCGACCACAAUGCUUGGUACUUGGAGAAGAAAAUCUUUUACUUUACAACCAGGCUUACGGCAAAAUGGUUCGAGAUCUUCAUCCCAAAAUCUUUGGCCAACCAUUGGACAGUGUGAAGGAAUGGCAGAAUCACGGAGCUCAAAUGGCUGCACACAGACAAGGCGCUGCGACCUCGCAACUCACCUACGCCUACCCCUCCUUUGUCAUACCAAUGUUGAAUCAAGGCAAACUAGAGAAUGUUCACCUCCGGCUCGACAUUACAACAUUACCACCACCCAUGAAGGGGUUUCAUUUGUGCUUUGAAGACACUACGGAUCAUGACUUGCGCGAGAGGAGGCGUUCGACCGUGCGUGAAUUGUCUAAAAUCUGGAGUACAGCAAGUGAUCUACCUUCGUUAUGGCAACUCAUACUACAAAGCCUUUCUGGACAUCCCGAAGAUUUUCCUCUAGCAGCGAUAUACUCUACUAGGACAUCAAAAGCCUCUUGCUGUUUACAGAAAGAAGAUUCGGAUACAGGUAUCUAUCAUCUUGAGGGAUCCGUAGGCGACUUUUUGGACGACGCUUUUCCGCCCAGUUUCCAUAUCGUCACUUCAGAACCCAACUUGGAGCCUCUCAAACAAGCCAUUGUAACCAAAGAUCAAGUCAUCAUUGAACGAUUACCCGAGGAAUGGGCCAAGGGAUCAUUGCAUCGUGGCACUCGCGACAUGUGUACAGAAGCAGCAGUCCUUCCAAGUAGCUUCACCAAGCACCAAGAUGCAGAAGCCUUGCUUUUGAUUGGUUUGCCAACCCGGACUCUCCUCGAUGAGCCUCAUCAGCAACACAUCGGGCAGCUUCAAAGUGAGUUUGCUCAUGCCGUAAAUUCCCUGGUGGCGACUAUGGAGGCAACGUUUCGGAGAAAAGAGAAUGCCAGGCAAAAUCAAUUAGAAAAGGAUUUGCUUGCCAAGGAACUUGCACUUCGCCAAAAGGAGGCAGAAAUGGCAACUACCUUGGCCGACAAGGUUCUGACUGUGAUUGACGAGGUCGACAUAGGAUUUUUUGAGUAUAAGAGUACGGGAGAGUUGGCGCGAGCCAAUGAAUGUUACUAUCGACUGAGUGGCUACCCCCGAGACUGUCCAAGUCACGUACAACAUAAGUUCCUUGACCUCAUCUAUCCAGCGGAUGUGGAUACGGUUUUGAAGGCUUGGCACUCCAUGAUAAAUGGCGAGUGGCAAAAGUUCGAGUUGAGAUAUCGAAAUGGCACUGAACAAGGUCAAUGGGUGCUUGUGGCUUGUCAACCGAUCAAGGACAAGGAUGGAAACGUCACCACGAUCAUUGGGGCAGUCACUGACAUUUCGGAUCAAAAGAAGAGCGAGAAGAUUGCUCUUGAUCGCGCCGAAGCACUAGAAAAAGCCAGAGUCAGCGAAGAGAGGUUCAAGCGAUGCAUGGAGGUUGCUCCUUUUGGAUGCAUGGUUGUGGACACCACCAAAGGAGUACAGUAUGCCAAUGAAGCAUGGUGGGAGGUAUCGCAAUACGCACGUGUGCCGCUUGAUCAGAUUGAUUGGACAUCUGUGCUGCAUGAAGAUGAUCUAGAAGUUGCAAAACAAGGCUGGGAGGCAAUGCUACGUGGAGAGCAGGUGGUUUACAAUCUACGACUAAAAAGACUUUGGUACGAUGCGGACGGUGAACCUCGAGGACCUGCAGAAAUAAUGGUGACUUCACUACCCGAAUGUGAUGACACUGGCAAGGUAAUCAGGGUCAUCUCUUUCACCAUUGAUCAGUCGCAUAUACGCCACCAAGCGAGGAUGCAACGAGCACGCAUUGAGGAGGCAACUGAGGCGAGAAAGAAUCAGGAGAUGUUUUAUGACACAGUCUGUCACGAGAUUCGAAACCCUUUAUCAGCUGUCAUUCAUUGUACAGAUUCCAUCAAUGACAAUCUCAUUGAGAUGCGUAAGCUGGUUGAAGACCUCGCUACUUGCAGGAUGACAGGCUUGGAUGACAAGAUUAGUUGUCUCCUUAACCAUAUAUCAAGCAGCAAUGAGUCCGUCGAAACCAUUUCACACUGUUCCGAGCAUCAACGACGCCUGAUCUCCGAUAUCCUUUCGCUCUCAAAGCUCGAUUCUCAGCUACUGCAGAUUAAUCCUUCGCCGACCUUCGCCAUGAGUCUCCUUGAAAGUAUACGCAAAAUGUUUGAGACUGAGGCUGAAAGAGUCGGUGUCACGUUGGAAGUUGUUGCUGAUUCUUCGGUCUGCGAAAACAACGUGGAACAAGUCAACCUGGACUCUGGGAGAAUUCUUCAAGUUUUGAUUAAUUUGGUCUCUAACGCGAUCAAAUUCACCAAGAACGAGUCUGGCUCUCGUCGAAUCAAGGUUACCAUGGGUGCUUCUAGUGUUAGACCAUUGGAUCUACCGGUUGACUCGUUUCACAAUCAAGAAUCUAUAUAUGACACGGUGUAUGAGGGUCAGGACGAAUUUUAUCUGUGGUUCACCGUCACCGAUUCUGGAAGGGGAUUGUCUGCUGAGGAGAAGGCUCGCAUUUUUACCAGGUUUGCUCAGGGUUCUCGCAAGACCUUUAGCGAAUACGGAGGCUCUGGCUUAGGUUUGUUCAUCUCAAGACAGCUUGUCGAACUGAUGAAUGGACAAAUUGGUGUUUCAGCAGAACUUGGGCAAGGAAGCACAUUUGCAUUCUUUGUCAAUGCACCGCACGUGCAGCAGAUUGUGAAGGUGGACUCGACUUCGAGCCAUCAAUCCAAGGCCGAUUCUGGCAUACUUGUCGAGUCGACUGCAACCUUGAAACUAUGCACAAAGACGACACUACUUGUCGUGGAAGACAACAUUCUCAAUCAAAGAGUGCUCAAGAAGCAACUAAUCAAACAUGGUUAUGAAGUACAUGUUGCCAGCAAUGGUCAAGAAGCACUCGACUUUGUUACCAACCCGACUCGAGAGAAGAUAGACUGCAUCUUGAUGGAUGUAGUCAUGCCCGUCAUGGACGGUCUGACUGCAGCAAAACGCAUCCGAGAAUGGGAAAGACAAUGCAGCUUCACCAGCAGCAACAGCGAUGGUAGCAUCAAGCUACCUAUAAUUGCCAUCAGCGCAAAUGCGAGACCGGAACAGACGAAUGAUGCCAUUAUUGCUGGAAUGGAUGACACCAUAGCCAAGCCGUUCAGGAUCGUGGACCUAGUGCCUCGGAUUGACCAUUUGCUGGACAGAAGGGCCUCUCCGGGCAGGACUUGA